AUGAUCCACUACGGAGUGGACACUUUUCGCGGAUUCCGUGGACGUCUGCGCUUUUGGCUGAGUGCCAGGGAUUGCUAUGGAUCCAUUUCCCUGAUGGUGGCCAUUGCCUUUGCCCUGGGCAUUACUCCGUUCUUGGUGAGGCGAAAUGCGAGAAGGGAAAGUUCCUUGGAGCAAACUUGGUAUGGAUUUGUGAAUGCCAUUUCCCGGUGGUUGCUGCUCGCCUACUGCUACAGCUACAUCAACCUGAGCAACGAGAGUCUAAUUGGAUAUUUUAUGCGGAAUCAUAUCUCCCGCAUCAGCACAAAACUUCAUGACAUAGCAGGCAUUAUAGUGGCCAUCAUAACUUUUAUUUUGCCGCUGCUCCUAAGGAAAUACUUUCUAAGAUCUGUGAAGACUAUGGACCAAGCAGAUCGAAAGCUAGCUCGUUUACGAAGUCCUGUUAAUUUUCACACUGUUGUGGGCCAAGUUGUCCUGGUCAUUUCUUGUGUAGUUCUUUUAGACACCGUCCUUUUGACCACCUGCCUAAUAUGCCUUUCCGAAAUGGAGGUUCACGCUUCGUGGCAGUUGACCUUUAUUCUGGUCUAUGAACUUAUGGCCAUUUCUAUAACCAUCUGCAUGUUCUGCCUAAUGACAAGAACGGUUCAACGUAGACUCGUCUGCCUGCACAAGAGCCUAUAUAGCUAUUCGAGUACUUAG